AUAAUAGAUUUGUUUAAAACGAAGCCAUGAAAAAUCAGGAUUUGGUUGAUUAUUUAAGGUCCUGUGGCGUUUGCGAGAUCUGCCAGCUGCGCUACUUGAAGGCCAGGGGUUCGGAGUACAAAGAUAUCAGGGAAACUCUGCGGCGGUUGGAUGUAAAAGUGAAUGAAAAUGAGGAAAAUGUGGGCGACACCGUGUCCACGGAAGACCAACCGACUAAGAAAGCCCGCGUGAGCACUUGUUCCACUUGUUUGGGACUAUUUUCGGAGGACUUUCAGCGCGAUCUGCUCCAGGGGAUUCUCGCCUCGGACUUUGCCAAAUACGAUUGCCAAAAAAUCGUACUCGCCAUAAGUUUGCCGAUGAUCUUGCAGCUGCGCCAGUUGGCCAUGUGGUUUGCGUUGCAAAAACGAUUUGGAGCCUCCGUUGACGGAAUCAAUCCGCCGGAUGUGCCCAUUAAGGAGGCCGUUAAAUUGAUCCUACAUCCCAUAAUAUGCGAUAAGCUGGACAAGGAAUAUGAUGCCAAUGGACUUAUGAUCAACAUAGAUGUGACGCACAGCCUAGAAGCCGGAGAGGUGGAGAAACUAGUGAGCUUGAACCGAGAGGCCUUUCCCGCCAAGGCUGCCCAUCAGAAGCGUAUCGAGAUCUCCCGGGGCUUGCUCGAGAAGCAGUAUCAGCCGGCAAAAGUUAAGGCAGAAACCUUUGAGAAAUACUACCAGAUACCAUGUGCCAGCGUCGAGGAGCCGCUCAAGCUUGUAUCCAUCGAUCUGCAGGGUCCUUUGGUCUGUGUGGCCGGCAGGUAUCGCAAGCUCAGCCGAGAACUGUCGCACACGCCGUGGAUCUUGAAUGGUCAGCGGCUAAUGGAGGACAGCAUCGAGGAGAUAAUCAUCAGGAAUGUGGGACCACACUUUGCGGAAAAGCUGGAGAAAAUCAAUUUCAUGUCCAGCGGCAGGGAAGAUGUGGAUGUUCGAUGCCUGGGCAAGGGAAGACCCUUUGUCUUGGAAAUACCAAAUGCCAUCAGGAGUUCCCUGACCACAGAGCAGGCCUAUGAAAUGGAGCAAGCUGUGGAUAAGUCCGGCAAGGUGUCCAUACUCAAUCUACAAGUAGUGGCCAGAGAGGAGCUCACCCACAUUAAGACGGGCGAGGAGCAAAAGAAGAAAUUCUAUCGUGCUCUCUGCGCUCUCAAAGAACCAGUUACAGUGGACAUCCUGCAGAAACUACAAAUCCCCGAGAGCUUCGAUAUACAGCAGAAGACACCCAUCAGGGUCCUUCAUCGUCGUCCUCUGCACACGCGUCCCCGAACGAUUUAUAGUGUAAAAGCCAAGGUACAUCGGGGGAAUCCACAAGCUCUCAUCAUUGACAUUGUCACGCAGGCGGGCACGUACAUUAAGGAGCUGGUUCACGGGGAAUUUGGCAGGACGACGCCCUCCUUUGCCUCCAUCAUUGGCCAGCCCAUUGAUAUACAAGCCCUGGAUGUCGUAGGCAUUGAUCUGGACUGGCCACCAAAAGUGAAUAACGCGCCGAGUGUGGAAUAGAGCUUAAUGUUUUGCUUAUUAAAAGAUAAGACAAAGGUAAGCCUCAG